AUGAGAGCUUCUCAAAUACUCAGUUUUCAAGCAACUGCACAAACGGCAUUAAGAAGACCAUGGAAAACAUUUAGAGAUGGUACCUUUUACUAUGGGCAAUUAAAAUCAGGAUCAAAAAGACAUCCAUUAACAACUAAACAAGGUAACAAACAUUAUUAUAAAGGUACAAGAUCAACUGGUAUUGGUCAUUUAGAUAGUAGAGGGAGAUAUCAUAUAGAUUGGAAUAAAGUAAGGACGUAUGUUGUCCCAGUUGGGUUAAACACAACAGAUUUAAAACCAUUAGUAUCACCAAAUUCACCACAAUUUAUACAGAAAGUUGAAGGAUAUGAUGAUAAAUUUAAAAGUCCAGAAUUAGCUUUACAUAAUGCUAUUAAAUUUGUUGAAAAUGGAAGUAAUUAUAGUGCAAUAGAUCUAGAAAAUGAAGGUUAUAUAGAAAAAAUUGUUCAUCCUAAAUUUAAGGAAGCCGAAAGGAAAGAGUUCAUGGAACAAACUAACUAA